AUGGGCAACAAGAAUUCUUCUUCAACAGCAUCAUCACACUCUUCUCCUCCUCGAAUGCAACAUCAUCCUCGACAACAUCAAAACGGAACUAGUUCAAAAGUCCUUCCUUCGUGCACCAUUUCGAGUAUGCCAGAAAUACAAACUUUUGAUCAUGUCGAUCACCAGAAAUGUUCUCUUUCGGAUUCGUUAGAAUUAACACACUUGUUCACUCUAGGGCAAAAUGAUAAAGGACAAUUAGGAAGACUUGUAUUCAAAGAAGACUCUGGCGAACAAUACGCCAUGGGUCCAGUUUUGGAAUUGUAUCACAACAUGAGUGAUUUUUCGCAACACAACAUUUCACAAGAGUUGGAUUCAAAAAUUCUCAAAGACAUCAAGCUUGUGGCAUCAGGAAGAUCACAUCUCUUACUCGUCACACAUUCAAACAAGUUGUUUGGUUUAGGAUUUAACAAUUAUAGCCAAAUUGGUUUUCCAGAACAUGAACAAUAUAUCACUCGACUGAGAGAAAUACCUCUCCCAGAAAAAGUGUCCACCAUAGACCAUGUCGCAGCAGGUUGGUUUCAUUCCAUCGUUGUAUGUGAUAAGAAUAAGGUGUACUGUAGUGGACAUUCCUACUUUGAUCAGACAUUUGCUGUGAAAACUGAAAGUAGUUUUCGACGAGUCACGAAAUUAGAUUUCUUGCAACGAGAAGACUCACGAAUAACCACAGCAAGUGCAUCUACUUUUAGUUCCAGCUUACUUGUAGAUAAUUGGAAGAUUUAUGCAUGUGGAGAAAUGAACGCCAAUGCAAAUUCAACCAAUUUCCUUGUUCCUGGAUGUGAAAUUUUCAAGAAAGAGUCCAUCAAGUACUUUAAACACGCCGAUAAGGGACUCGUAGUUCUCACUCAAGAGGGUAAUUUAUACUUUGCGAAUAAGGAAAAGCCCUUCUACUUGCUUCAACAAAAUGUUUUUUCCAUCACGCCAUCUCACAUGUAUGAGACUGUUUUCCUACUUAAGAAUAAUUCUAAUGUGUUAACAGAGUGUAAUUUGGGACCUUUCAAUACUCGAUCCAAUGUCAGUAUUGCACCCUUCGUAGAAAAAUAUGGGCUGCAUAAUAUUCAAAUAUUUGCUGGAUAUUGUUUCUAUUAUAUGGUUGUCAAUAGAAAGAAGGUAUAUAGUAUUAAUGGUAGCGAAUUUAAGGAAAUUUUGAAUCUCGAAGGAAUUUCUACGAGUGUCAGUAUCACGGAAAUUGUCGCAACAUCCGAUUGUUCUUAUUUCAUCUUUGAGAAUACCAAAUCUACAGCCUCAGAAAAAUUAAUGAAAUCACGACUCAUUCAGAAUGAGAAAUUUGUGGAUAUAAGCAUCACAACGUCAUCGCCGUACUUGGAGUGA